CUAGUUCAGUCAGUAACUACAGCAUACUAACAUUUUUAACUUAACUAUUUUCUUUUAAAUUAAAAUUCAAAAAUUGUUCAUAAUAGUAUUUCGGACAAGUUUAUUUCAUUUUUAUAUAUUUCUUCUAUUUGCUGUAAAAAAUGAAUGUUUAUCGUCACUUAUUAGUUUUGUGCCUUGUUAUAUUCGGAAGUGAUGCAUAUCGAAUUUUGGCAGUGUUUCCGUUUAAUUCGAGAAGUCAUAACAAUAUGUUUGAAGGAGUCGCCAAAGGAUUAGCAAAAGGGGGUCAUCAAGUAGACGUUGUCACCCACUUUGAAAUGAAAAAUCCGCCAAAAAAUUACAAAAUAAUCAUCAAUUUGGGAGGAACAAGAAAAAGUUUAGUAAAUAAUUUCUCAAUUCAGUUUGCAGCUCUACUAGAAGGUAACACUGUAGAAUUGAUUUCUAAAUUGUACGGAAAUGAACUUUGCGAGCUUUUGGCGCUUGAAGAGAUGCAAAAUCUUAUCAAAAAUCCUCCAAGUGAUCCUCCAUACGACAUUUUAAUUACUGAGGCAUUUACAGCAAAUUGCUUCGUCGGAUUAGGUUAUGCGCUUAAAGUGCCAGUAAUUACAGUUUCUUCUACUCUGGAAUUUUCUUGGCUUGAUGCUGGAAAUUUGGACUCCGCUGCUUUUGCCCCAAACGUAUUAAUGCACAAAGCCGAGAUUUGUAGCUUUUGGGACAGAUUGCAAAAUACAAUCAUGAUCCAUCGAAGCAAAUAUGAAUAUUAUAUAUACACAGGGGAGGUUCAAACUGAGGCAAUGAGAAAAUAUUUAAGUCCAGGGAUACCACAUGUUAGAGAAGUUGAAAGAAAUGUAGCUCUUACUUUCGUAAACUCAUAUCACAGUUUACAUGGCAUCAGAAUUAGGAGUCCUUCUUUAAUUGAUAUUGCAGGAAUUCACUUGGAACAUGGCCAUACGGAAAUGUCUCAAGAUCUUCAAAAUUGGAUGGACGAAAGUAAGGAUGGAGUAGUUUAUUUUACCUUGGGAUCGAUGGUGAUUAUUGAAACACUUCCAAAAGAAACACUUCUCACUAUUUACGCAUCUUUUUCAAAAAUAAAACCCGUUCGGGUACUCAUGAAAAUUGUCAAUACAGAAAAUCUUCCUCCUGGUCUUCCUAGCAAUGUGAUUGUUUCCAAAUGGAUACCACAAAUUAUAGUUUUGAAGCAUAAUAACACUCGAUUAUUUAUGACACACGGAGGUUUGAUUUCAACACAAGAAGCUUUAUAUCACGGAGUUCCUCUGAUAGGAUUUCCUUUAUUUGGUGAUCAACAACACAACAUACAACUUUUUGUUAAAAAGAACAUGGCUUUAUCAUUAGAUUAUAGAAGUUUAACAGAAAAGUCUUUAGACGAUGCACUUAAUGCUGUUCUUACUAAUCCUUUAUACAGAGAGUCAGCAAACUAUGAAUCUCGACUGUUUCGAGACCGACCAAUGAGCGCAACAAAGACAGUCAAUUUUUGGGUUGAAUACGUUAUCAGAAAUGGACCAGAUGCUUUAAAAUCACCUGCUGUUGAUAUGUAUUGGUGGGAAAUUGCACUUUUAGACGUAUACAGUUUCAUAUUAUUAAGUUUUUUUCUAAUAAUUUAUUUUGCUAUUUUGAUUACCAAGUAUGCGUGCUGUGUAUUUGUUCGAACUUCAGGAAAUCUUGAAGUAGAAAAGCAAAAGGAUGAGUGACUUUAUUACUUAUUAUUGUUGAUGUCUACUGAAUAGAACUUUCUAUCUUUACUUAUCGUUAACUUAAUGCUUUUAAUACUCUCUAAAUUUGAAUGAAUUAAAAUUUUUCCUAAUUUCAAUCAGUGACUAAAUUCUAGCUAUAAAUAUGUAAAACUUACUGAAUCAUCAAAAAAAAA